UUCAAAAUACAAUACAUUCGUUCGAGUUCAUCUGAUACUUCUUGGUUAAAUUGCGUUAUUCCUGGGAUUACUAGUUCAUACUACAAUUCAAAUAAUUCUAAUUAUCAUAUUGGCGUCGCGAUGGAGCCUGCGAUACAACAGUUGGACAUUCAUUCAACUUCUGAAGCUUGUGAGGAUUACCUUGAAAGGUUUGAGAUAUGGAGCAUGACCAAGAAAGAUAUGAAGGGUGACAAAAUUGUGGCACAUUUUCUUACAUUCAUCGGUCAAGAAGCCUACAGUUUAUUAAAAACCUUGGCAUAUCCAGAUAAGCCGAUUUCACUCCCAUAUACAACUCUCAAGGAAUUACUAUUAAACCAUGUGAAGUGCACCAGUUUUGAGUGUCGUGAGAGAGCAAAAUUUCAUAAGAUGAUUCGUCAGGAUAACCAGAAGGUUAAAGACUUCAUCCUUGAAUUGCAAAGACAAGCUUCGAAAUGCAAUUUUGGUGAUCAGCUUCAUGUACAGUUGAGAGAUCGGUUAAUUGCUGGAAUUGACAUACCAGGUCUGGAAAAGGAGCUGUUAAGAAUGCCGAACUGUUCUUUUCAAGAUGCUAGAACUGCAUGUAUUAACUACGAAGCAGUGAAUGAACUUGAUAUUCAAUCGAUGAAAAUUUCUAAUACUUUGCUUAGUCGUCAUGAUGAAUUACAAUCUCAAGGUCGAUCAAAUUUGCGUUCGUUUAAUCGUGAUUGCUAUUCCCGUGGAAAUAUGAAAGGUGGUUUAACAAGGAACUGCAAAGCAAACAACAAAGGUGAGAAUAAGUUUGGUAAAUGCUUAUCUUGUGGCAAAUUUCAUUUUCGUAAUUCAUGUGCAUUUCGUAAUGCUAAAUGUUUUAAAUGUGGCAAGAUAGGACACAUUCAGUCAGUGUGCAAAACUACUGUUCACUUUGCUUCAAGUAUUACUAAGUCUGGUAACUUAGAUCCCAACAAUUCGGCUGUUCUUGAUGAUCAUUUAUCUUUAUCCACUACUUCAAAAGGGAAUGUUCAUAUUCAAAAGCGAUUAUAUACAUCCCUUGGUUCAUUUCAUGACUUUAUUGUGGACACAGGUAGUAUAGAGUCCAUUAUUUCAUUCAAGAACUUGAAAUCUUUAGAUCCUAAUGUUGUGGUAAAACCCACUGAGGUUUCAAUACUGGGGAUUACUGGACACAGACUACCUAUACGAGGAUGUUGUAAAUUGCUAAUAAGAGAUGAUAAUUCUUCAUACGUACCUUGUGAAUUUUUAGUUAGUGAAACAGGACUGUCCAUACUGGGUUUAAAAAAAUCUGAAAAGGCUUAAAGUGGAAUUGUCUCUACUAGUUUCUACAGAGAAUUCUGAUGCUUUACUCAAGGAUUUGAUAGCUGUGUGUGCUAAGUGUAGUGGAGGUAUGAAAAUUCAGCCCAUUAAACUUCAAGUACAGGGUGAUCCGGUCUUUCUUAAAAGACGAAUAAUUCCUUAUGGUCUUCGAGAAGCAGUACAUAAGUCACUGAAUGAUUUGUGUGCGAAAGGUAUAAUUGAACCAGUUCAGUCCUCAGCAUGGGGUACUCCUAUUGUUACGCCAUUGAAAUCGGAUGGCAAGACCCCUAGAAUAUGCGGUGAUUACAGAUUGACACUGAACUCCCGUUUGUUGAAGCAAACAUGCACGACGAUGGAGGCUGAAGAUAUUCUAAAUCGGCUUCAUGGUUCUAAAGUGUUCUCGAAAGUUGACUUGAAAUAUGCUUAUCUUCAAAUUCCUUUAGAUCAAUCUUCAUCUAUCUUGACAACAAUUAACACUCCUUUUGGUCUGUUCAAAUACAACUUCCUUCCAUUUGGUCUUAGUUGUUCUCCAGCCAUAUUUCAAGAGGUCAUGAAUAAGAUAGUCAGCGAUAUUGAAGGUGUUGAAGUUUAUCAAGAUGAUCUCAUUGUUCAUGGUGCUGAUAAAGUAGUCCAUGACCAGAGACUUAUUGCUUUAUUGCGUCGUUUAAUUGAGAAGAACAUUACAGUGAAUCCAAAUAAGUGUUCAUUUAGUGUAUCUAGUUUUGAAUGCCUUGGAUACCUAGUUGAUGGUAAUGGUUUUAGACCAGAUAUGAAACGACUAGCUCCACUGACAAAUGCACCGUCUCCAAAAAACAUCACAGAAUUACGUUCACUAGUGGGUGCUCUUCAGUACUAUUCUCGUUUUAUUCCUAAUUUUUCUUGUCGUGCCAAUUGUUUAUUUAAUAUUUUGACAUCCAAUUCAUUCAAAUGGGGUGAAGAACAAGAGUCAUGCCUACGAAGUCUGCUAAAGUUUCUUCAAAGUGAUGCUGUCCUUCGAACUUACUCACCCAGUGUACAUUCUGUUCUUAUUACUGAUGCGUCACCUGUAGGUAUUGGUGCAGUUUUGGAACAGGAAGGUAGGCCAGUUAUAUGUGUUUCACGCAAACUUUCUGUUGCUGAACAAGGUUAUUCACAAACGCAGCGAGAAGCGUUAGCUGUGUUUUGGGCUGUUAAAAGACUUCAUAAAUAUUUAUUUGGAAAGAAGUUUACCAUUGUUACUGAUCAUGAAGCCUUAAAGUUCAUUUAUCAUCCUGACAAAUCCUUAGCACGUUCCUCAGCUGCUAUGGUUCAACGAUGGAGUAUUGCUUUGAGUGCUUAUGACUAUACGAUUCAGCACAGGAGUGCAAAACAAAUUCAACACGUUGAUUACAUUUCUCGACAACCAUUACAAGAUAGACCUGUUAAUACUUCAGACUGCUUGUUAGUGCAACCUUUACCGGUGAGACGUCCAGAUCUCAUUAGAGAAACUCGUAGAUACUUUGGAUGUAUACUCAGUGCUAUACGGAAGGGUUGGAAUGCUAAUCUGAAACGUAGAUUUCCUGUCUAUUAUUCAAAGCGGGACGAGUUAUCUACUACUCCUGACGGUAUUUUGUGUUUAAAUGAUCGUGUUGUUAUUCCUCCUUCAUUACGCAAACCUGUCCUUGAUGAUCUUCAUAGUGGACAUCUUGGUGUUGAGAAAAUGAAGUCCUUAGCAAGACUCACAUGUUGGUGGCCAGAGAUAAAUGCAGAUAUAUGUCGUACAGCAAACAAUUGUGAGAAAUGUCAUAAGCUAAAAAGUCUGCCUUCGAAGUGGACUCCAUGGCCAGUAUCGUCUGAGGCCUGGCAGAGAAUUCAUGCAGACUACUGUGGUCCAUUUCUUGGCAAAUACUAUGCACUUGUAAUUAUUGAUUCUUUUUCUAAGUGGCCUGAAGUUUUUUUCACAACUUCACCGAAUUCUGACUUCACAAUUCAAGCAUUAAGGAAGGUGUUUAGUCGAGAAGGAGUUCCCAUGGUGUUGGUGACUGAUAAUGGCUCUCAUUUUGCUGCAGAUGCAGUCACUAAUUGGUUAAAUGGUAUAGGGUGCAGACAUCUGUUUACGGCUCCCAGGCACCCUUGUUCCAAUGGUCAGGCAGAAAAUUUCGUAAGAACAUUGAAAAUUGCUAUUGAUUCUAUUGCUGCUUCGACAUUCAAUGAACUGGAGAGGGGAGUAGAUACAUUUCUACUUCAAUAUAGAAAUGCUAAGCAUUCUGUGACGAAAGAGACUCCAUCAAAGCUAUUAAAAGGAAGAAUUCUCCGUUCGAAUAUGAGGUGUUUGGAGUCUGCAGAAGUUACGUAUUAUCGUGGUAAUGAUCUUCGACCAGCCACGGGGAUCGUAGUGAAGAAUGUUGGAAAAUCUAUGGUGCGAAUUCUGGAUAUCAAUGACUUGACCAUACAUAACCGACAUGUUGAUCAAAUACAAUACCAGAAUCCAGGUGAGUCUGUUCCAAUUUCGGUUGUUAAUUCUAAUACUAAUGAGUGCAUUCUAGAUAAUACAGAGUCUACAUCCAAUACACCGUCGGACAGAUGUAAGAUGAACUUAAGAAGAGGACGAACAAUCGAUUGCAGACACUUACACUCCAAUUCGAGCUGUGGCGGAUGUGAUGUUUAAAUAAAUCAAUGACUUCUUAGUAUUGAUGACUGUUGUAAUUUUGAAUUCAAAAUACAAUACAUUCGUUCGAGUUCAUCUGAUACUUCUUGGUUAAAUUGCUUUAUUCCUGGGAUUACUAGUUCAUACUACAAUUCAAAUACUUCUAAUUAUCAUACUAUACUAUUUGUAUUAUCUUCACAGAAAAUGUAAACUUUUAUGAUUUCCAAAGACUGUAUUGAAUCAUUAAAUAUGAAAAAUAUAUUUGUAAACUCUCAGCGAAUGAAUUUGAAGUAAAUCCAACGUUUCACUUGUAUUGAAUCAUGUCAUUGUUCGAGACUGUUAUAUCAGUCAUUAAGUUGUAAUCACUCCCGUCCAAACAGAAAAGCAUUAAAACGUUAUUUACUUAAUAAAAUUGAUACAUUAAAUAAGGACUUGACGGAGAUAGAAAUAAAUAUUGCUCGCAGAAAAUUUGCAGUUGAUGAAUUAACUGAAGACCGUAAGUCCCAGUUUAUGGAUUACGUUACAAAAAUAACUAAGGUAAGAUCAGACAAGAAACACAUCCAACUUCUCAAAAGCCUGGAAAGUCAACCUGUAGAAAAUAAAUUUCCGACUGAAUUAAAGAGGCAUGUACAUAAUUUUUCCGGUACUGAAUUAAAUAAAGAAAAACUUGAAGUAUUACCACUAGGUCUGAAAUUCUGUGAUACACAAAACCGCGUAAAUCUUAUGGAUACGGAUAUUCGAUUUGAAAACCUAAAUCAUCAGACAUCGGAUCUAGUCCCACAUCUGAUCAGGAAAUUGAAUGUUUCAAAUCAAACCUAGUUGACUGCUGCAUUCAGUUUAAGAAUAGUAGAUAUAACUACAAAAGCAAUUUUUACUAAAAAAACACAAGUUUACCAAUGAACCCAUUAAUGACGAGAAUCUGACUAUCACAAAACCUGAUAAAGUAACAGGAACUGUCCUACUUAACAAAAUAGACCACAUUGACAGGAUGAAUAACAUCUUGAAUGAUAACUAAAAAUUUCAGAAAUUUAAUAACCAAAAAGAUGUCAAUGAUAAGAUGGAGAAUGAACUAACCAUAUCUUUUGGAAAAGCUCAGAGAUCAACAAAUGGUUCCACCAAUUAUAUAUGAAACAAUUAAGCCUAUAGGUACCCAUUUACCUAGGUUAUACGACUGCCAAAGGUACAUAAACCAGAUAUCUCAUUGAGACCUAUUUUGGACAAGUACGGUUUCGCAUAUCAUACUGUAGCAAAGUGGUUUUGAAACCAUUCCACAAACACUUAUUAAAGCAUAGUAUUAGGGAUGCAUCCCAGUUCGUCUAU